CAUAUUCAAACAUCUACCACCAUGUCCCGGUCGCCGUCGCCCAUGAAUACGCCAUCGCCCGGGUUUAGCGAGUCAUCCGAGUCUGAGGCUGCAGAGGAGGAGGAGGAAAAGGGGGAGGAGGACACUGCGACGUGUCUGUGGGGCGAGUGUGGCAAGGUGUUUACCCACUUGCCGUCGCUGAUUGAACAUAUCCAUGUCGACCACGUCGGGGUAAACAAAAGCAACUAUUUUUGUGAUUGGUCGACGUGCAACCGGCGGGGUAUACCCCAGACGUCGCGGUUCGCACUGACGAGCCAUCUGCGGUCGCACACCAAGGAGAAGCCGUUUGUGUGUCCUCUGCCAGAAUGUGAUAAGAGUUUUACCCGGUCGGACGCGUUGGCGAAGCAUUUGCGGCACCAGCACAAACAGAGCCCGCCUGCGCCUGGCCGGGGCGGGUCGAGGAAGCGGAAGAGGAACCCGGAUGAUAUCGAGGUGGCGCCGAGCGUGUCAACGAGGUCGCAGACGCCGACGCUGGGGACGUUUAGUUUGUUCGAUCUGGCGCCGAUGGAGAGCGGGUCGCCGAGCCCGUUCCCUCGGGGGAAUGAGGACGACGAGGGGUAUAAUAGUUCAGGGUCGAGCUCGGAUGUGAUCCCGCAGCAUUUGCUCGCGCAUCUCGAGCCGGGAACGAAUCGAAUUUUUGGGAGGAGCCAGAGCCAGGUGUUGUAUUUGCUGAUGAAGGCGAAACAUCGAUAUGCCGUUGAGCAGAACGAGGCGCUGCAGGAAGAAUUGAGGGUGACCAGGGCUGAGAUGAGGAGGGAGAGGCAGGAUAAGGAGCGCGCUAUGAACCUGCUUUUGAGGGGUUUAUUUGGGAGCAAGGCCGAUGAUUUUUUAUUGGAGACAGAGGAAAUUCCGCCUCAUUUGGUGAAGGAUAGCUAGUCAUGUACGAAAAAGGAAAGAUAAGAUUAGAUGCAUUCGUCACCUG